AUGGCCGCUCUAAAAACCGACACAAAAGUUGACGAGGAAAAUGACGAAGAAGUUGAGGUUGAAGUAAACGGCGAAGGCGGAGAAAACACAGAGGCCGCCAAGAAGAAGAAAAAGAAGAAGAAGAAGAAAAAGGCCGGUGAAGAUAAUGCGGAAAACAAGGAGGUAACCGAGGCUGCGGCUGAAAACGGCGAUCAAGCAGAGGAAGGUGCAGAAGAAGGCAAAGACAAUGAAAAGAAAAAGAAGAAAAGGAACCGCAAAAAGGGGGGAAAACCUACUCAAACCAACCCACCUUCGGUGCCAAUUGUGGACCUCUUUCCUGAUCAGGUUUUCCCUGAAGGGGAGAUAAUGGAGUACCCUGCUCUUAAAGAUGACCGUACUGCUAAGGAUAGAUUUUCAUCAGAGGAAAAACGUGCAUUAGACAGAAUGCACAAUGACAUUUACAAUGAAGUUAGGUUAGCUGCAGAAGCUCACCGUCAGACAAGACAACACAUCCAAAAAUGGAUCAAACCAGGUAUGACAAUGAUACAAAUCUGUGAAGAACUUGAAAAUACAGCCAGGAAACUUAUUGCGGAAAAUGGCUUGAAAGCUGGCUUAGCCUUUCCAACUGGUUGCUCUAGAAAUCAUUGUGCUGCUCAUUACACACCAAAUGCAGGUGAUAAGACUGUUUUGGAGUAUGACGAUGUUGUUAAAAUUGACUUUGGAACUCACAUCAAUGGUAGGAUCAUUGACUGUGCAUUCACACACACUUUCAAUCCGAAAUAUGACAAAUUGGUGGAGGCUGUAAGAGAUGCAACUAACACAGGUAUUAGGACUGCUGGUAUUGAUGUGCAGCUAUGUGAAAUUGGAGCUGCCAUUCAGGAGGUCAUGGAGUCCUAUGAGAUUGAGUUGGAUGGAAAGACUUACCCUAUUAAGUCUAUUAGGAAUCUAAAUGGGCAUUCAAUUUCACCAUACAGAAUUCAUGCUGGUAAGACUGUGCCAAUUGUAAAAGGUGGUGAAGCCACUGUCAUGGAAGAAAACGAAUUCUACGCCAUCGAAACUUUUGGUUCUACUGGUAGGGGUAUUGUGCAUGAUGACAUGGAUUGCUCCCAUUACAUGAAAAAUUUUGAUGUACCCUAUGUCCCUCUACGUUUACAAUCUUCCAAAUCUCUGCUGAAUGUUAUAAACAAGAACUUUGGCACCCUGGCUUUCUGCAAACGUUGGUUGGACAGAGCAGGGGCCACCAAAUAUCAAAUGGCGUUAAAAGACCUUUGCGACAAAGGCAUUGUUGACGAUUACCCGCCGCUAUGUGACAUCAAGGGAUGUUACACUGCUCAGUUUGAACACACCAUCAUGUUACGUCCAACAUGCAAAGAAGUGGUUUCAAGAGGAGAUGAUUACUAA